AUGAACGGACAAAGACGGGCGCUAGACGAUGACGUCGUCGACUUGACAGCCAUUGACGACGAUGACCCGAUUCCAGACUUCAGGGCCGGGCCAUUGGCCGGCCGUGCCAAUUCAAAGGUGUCGAACGCAGACGAUGUUCUCAUUCUGGAAGACGACUUUGAUUCGACAGGGAGCCUGCUGGCCGACGAUUUUGACCCCUUCGAAGCUCGGCCCACCAAGAGACGACGCGUCUCUGGCGACUCUGAUAGUCUGCUUUCUGUAGGCGAUCGUGGAAAGAUUGCUCAAGGACCCGCGAAAUUCGCGGCAGAGAGGACUCGAGAGGGACCUGGCGUGCUUCAAACUGCUGCUCCAAGAAAGUGGAAUCCCGACCCGAUCGAGUUCACGAGCUCUCCUCAAAUGCCAAGGUCUUCGAACAAGCGCGACGCGAUCUCGAGUGACCCUUUUGCAAUUUCUCCUCGGCUCCCAGAGAAGGAGAACAUCAUCAACCUCGUCGAUGAUGACGAUGACGAUCCAUUCGCAAGCUCUCCUCCGAAACCGACAGGCAAGCCGAUGAUGCCGCCCAAAGGUGGCAGGAAGAGAGAGCCCAGCCCAGGACUACCAGAGAACAGCCCGCGGCAGGUUCAAAAGCGUACCCAAGGGUCCGCGAGAUCAGUGGGAUGGGAUCAUAUUUCGAGCUCCGCUCCCGAGGCCAGCGUACGGGAGGAUCAGUGGGGUCUUGACGUUCAGUCUUCGCGCAACGGGCUUGCAAGGAGCCGCUCUGGCGGGAUCGAUUUGGGUGACCUGGCAGAUUUCCCAUUUUCGUCCGAUGACGAUGAAGACGAGGAGUUCCCUGAUAUUGGAGGCAUGAAGAAGUCGAAUCUGAGCUCGAUCGCCAGGUCGAAGGCUUCAACAGUGUCCAGAACCUCAGCGUCGAAACUGUCCACAUCCAAAACAUCCAAAACGAAACCUACUGCUGAAGACAAAGCAGCCGUGAGAGAGGCCGAGAAAUUGAAGAAACAGAGAGAGAGAGAAGAAACCAAGGAGCAGAGGAGAUUGGAAAAGGAGAGGGCAGCCGCAUUGGCCGAGGUGAACAAGGUCAGGACCGACAAGAAGGUCAGCACUCCUGAGAUGAUCGUCGACCUCCCAUCGUCCAUGAACCCCAGCGUCAGGCUGCAAGUCGAGGCACUACUGGAGGACCUGAACGUUCGGCACUAUCCGUACGCCAGCCCCGUUAAUAACGUGGUCAAGUGGCGGAGGAAGGUCAAGGCCAGGUUCAACGACGAUGAGGGCUACUGGGAGCCAACCCCUGAGCGCAUCGAGACCGAAAAGCACGCAAUGGUCAUCAUGCCUGCAGCUGAAUUCGUGGAGCUCGCCCUCGGGCUUAAGGGCACCGAUCUCGAGGCCCACGUCCUCCAGAUGCAGAAGCACUACGACGGCGACCAGCUCAUCUACAUGAUCGAGGGCCUAACACCCUGGAUGCGCAAGAAUCGCAACGUGCGCAACCGCCAGUUCCAGUCCGCGGUCCGUAACGCCGGCGCCGACGCAGAGGCGGCGGAUGCAGCAGCACCGGGAGCCGCCAACGCCCCGCCCCCGAGCAGCCAGGCGUCCCAGGGCCGUCGCAGGAAGGACCCCAAGCCGCCGCCGGCGUACAUCGACGAGGACCAGGUCGAGGACGCGCUGCUGCAGCUGCAGGUGCAGCACGGGGUCAUCAUCCACCACACGGCGGCGCCCAUCGAGACGGCGCAGUGGGUCUCGGUCUUCACGCAGCACAUCAGCACGAUCCCGUACCGGCGGCAGCGCGACGCGGCCAACGAGUCGGCCGGGUUCUGCAUGGACUCGGGCCAGGUGCGGACGGGCGACAGCGCCGCCGACACGUACGUGCGCAUGCUGCAGGAGGUCGCACGUGUCACGGCACCCAUGGCGUACGGCAUCGCGGGCCAGUACCCGAACGUCGGCCAGCUCGUCCGCGGCCUGGAGGCCGAGGGCCCCCUCGCGCUGGAGGCGAUCCGGAAGAGUGCCAACAAGGACGGGGCGUUUACGGACCGGACGAUUGGGCAGGCUAUCAGUCGGAGGAUGCACAAGGUCUUCACCGGGAGGGACGCGACCAGCACGGAUAUAUGA